AUGGCGCCCAGCAUUUUCCUUCUAGGACAUCUUCCCUACUUUUGGAAAAAGGAUGAGGUUUGUGGCCGCAUGCUCCAAGAUGUGUUUUUGGAUUGGGCUAAGAAGUACGGACCCGUCGUGCGGGUCAACGUCUUCCACAAAACCUCAGUCAUCGUCACGAGCCCCGAGUCGGUCAAGAAGUUCCUGAUGUCAACCAAGUACAACAAGGACUCCAAGAUGUACCACGCAAUCCAGACCGUGUUUGGCGAGAGACUGUUUGGCCAAGGUUUGGUGUCAGAAUGUGACUAUGAGCGCUGGCACAAGCAACGCAGGGUCAUGGACUUAGCCUUCAGCCGCAGCUCCCUGGUCAGCUUGAUGGAAACGUUCAACGAGAAGGCGGAGCAGCUGGUGGAGAUUCUGGAGGCCAAGGCAGAUGGGCAGACCCCGGUGUCCAUGCAGGACAUGCUGACCUGCACCACCAUGGACAUCCUGGCCAAGGCAGCUUUUGGGAUGGAGACAGGCAUGCUGCUGGGCGCCCAGAAGCCUCUGUCCCGGAAGGUGAAACUGAUCCUGGAGGGCAUCACUGCAUCUCGAAACACUCUGGCGAAGUUCAUGCCAGGGAAGUGGAAGAAACUGCGAGAGAUCCGGGAAAGCGUUCGCUUCCUGCGCCAGGUUGGCAAGGACUGGGUCCAGCGCCGCCGGGAGGCCCUGAAGCGGGGGGAGGACGUCCCCGCCGACAUCCUCACACAGAUCCUCAAAGCUGAAGAGGGGGCCCAGGACGAUGAGAUCCUGCUGGACAACUUCGUCACCUUCUUCAUUGCUGGCCACGAGACCUCUGCCAAUCAUCUGGCAUUCACGGUGAUGGAGCUGUCUCGCCAGCCUGAGAUCUUGGCAAGGCUGCAGGCCGAGGUGGACGAGGUCAUCGGUUCUAAGAGGCACCUUGACUGUGACGACCUGGGGAGGCUGCAGUAUCUGUCCCAGGUUCUCAAAGAGUCGCUGAGGCUGUACCCGCCAGCGUGGGGCACCUUUCGCCUGCUGGAGGAGGAGACCUUGAUCGACGGGGUCCGAGUCCCCGGCAACACCCCGCUCCUGUUCAGCACCUACGUCAUGGGGCGUAUGGACACAUACUUUGAGGACCCACUGACUUUCAACCCCGAUCGCUUCAGCCCCAAAGCACCGAAGCCGAGGUUCACCUACUUCCCCUUCUCUCUGGGCCCCCGCUCCUGCAUCCGGACAGCAGUUUUGCUCAGUGAAGUGGUCAUGUGUAAGCUGCUGCAGGAAGUAGGUUCCCGGCUGGUGCCUGGACAGCGAUACGGGCUGCAGGAGCAGGCCACGCUCAAGCCGCUCGACCCUGUGCUGUGCACUCUCGGCCCCAGGCUGUGGGUUCCAGCGCCCCCCCCCCCCCCCCGGCCCCGCCCCUCCCUGGGGAUGUCGCUGCCACCUGCGGAGAUUUGGUGGCCCUGUCGCUGCUUCGUUAUCUCCUAUCUCCAUCAGUCCUCAAACCCUGGCAGGCCCUGCGUGCAGAACUGGGUAGACCUGGAGCCCUGGGGGGCUCAGCGACGCCCAGCCCUGGCAUGA